AUGUGUUCUCCAAGUAUUCAAAAAGAUAUUUUUGAUGCUUGUGCUAAAGAAACAAUCAAAGCUAUCAUUGAAGACAUGGAUGGGGAUUUUUUCGGGAUACUAGUUGAUGAAUCAAAAGAUAUAUCACACAAGGAGAAAAUUGCACUUUUUUUGAGAUAUGUUAACAAAGAAGGCGAAGUCAUAGAGAGAUUUGUUGGUAUUGUUCAUGUUAGUAAUACAUCGGCUAUGUCAUUGAAAAAGGCAAUCUGCUCUUUUCUUUCUAAUCACUCAUUAAGUCCAACGCAAAUACGUGGGCAAGGUUAUGAUGGGGCUAGUAACAUGCAGGGAGAGCUAAAUGGUGUCAAGACUUUGAUUUUGAAUAAGUCUCUAUCAGCAUAUUGCAUUCACUGUUUCGCUCACCAAUUGCAAUUAACACUUGUGGCUCUUGCAAAGAAGCAUUCAGAUGUAGAUGACUUUUUUUGUAUAGUUACUAAUGUCUUACAUAUUGUUGGAGCAUAUUUUAAGCGUAGGGAUUUGCUUCGAGUACAUCAAGCUGAAAAGUUAGAAGAGUUGCUCAAAUCAGGUGAAGUGCAUACUGGACGAGGAUUAAAUCAAGAGCGUGGGCUUCAACGACCAGGUGAUACUCGUUGGGAGUUCUCAUUAUAA